CGUCUACGGGCUCCCGGGAGUCAGGAGUGGCGGCAGCCAGCCCCGGAGGUGGAGCGCGGGGAGACCCACGCGCGGAAGGGACCGGGACGCGCCUGGAGGGGCGCUGCCGCCCGGGAGCCGGUGACCCGAGUCGGGAGCGCGGCCUCUGGGACCACCCUGCUGCCCCUGCCGGUCGGGCGGGAGCUGGAGUGCGGGAACCCCACCCUCCGGGGCGCCCCGGCGGAGGAGGCGCAGGGAUCAGCACCCUCUCGGUGUUGGACGGAGGACCCUCCCCACUCCCGGGAGGGCCAGAAGAGAUCGCCGCGGGGGACGCGGCUCUCCUCCCCAUGCUGGCUCUGGAGGAGACCCCCAGAAGUGGAAAAGGCUGUCCUCUCUGUAGGAACCUGAGUGAGACCGCCCCAGCCCGCCCGCACCCCCCAACACACUCCAAACAGACUUUGGAGCCUACGGAGUAGGCACCCUGCAUCCCACCCAGGACUCACUCACUGGAGAGGCGUUCGCACACUCUGAAGCAAGGACGCUCCAGGGAACCACCAGGUGUCCGGUCCAGCUUUGCUGGAGAGUGCAAGACCUCUCCCCUCAACUUCCGGGCACCUAGACAGUGGACCCAGGCGGAGCCCCUCCGCUCACAUCUCCAGCAGACAGAAAGAGCCCUCAGCCCCUGAAAAAUCCAGUUUGGGGGGGAGGGGGACUCCCCCAAAGGGGAGGAGACAACUCCUGGUUGGGAGAGGCUCCUCCCCUCCUCCCUAGGGUAGCAGGCAGGGCGUGGGGGGUGUGCCACCUUCCCCAGGUAGGACCUCCAUCUCCCCCUCCUUCGGCUCCUCUUCCUCAGGGGACUCAGGUCCCCACUCCGGCUUGGGAGGCCCCACCAGGCACUGGAAGAGACACCGAGGAUGAGACCUGUCACCUGCAUCUGAAGAGGGGAAUCCCUGCAACCCCAAACUUCUGUACCAGGUGGUUUCCUCCCUUGGCUGGAGGAACCUUGGAGACAGAACCCAGAAGUACCAUGGCCUCUGACCUAGAGAGUAGCCUCACCUCCAUAGACUGGCUGCCCCAGCUGACUCUCCGGGCUACCAUCGAGAAGCUUGGGAGCGCCUCCCAGGCCGGGCCUCCAGGGGGCAGCCGCAAGUGUUCCCCAGGCUCCCCCACAGAUCCUAAUGCCACCCUGAGCAAAGAUGAGGCAGCAGUCCACCAGGAUGGCAAGCCCAGGUACAGCUACGCCACUCUCAUCACGUAUGCCAUCAACUCUUCUCCAGCCAAGAAGAUGACCCUCAGCGAGAUAUACCGCUGGAUCUGUGAUAACUUCCCCUAUUACAAGAAUGCUGGUAUUGGGUGGAAGAAUUCCAUUCGACACAACCUUUCUCUCAACAAGUGUUUCCGGAAGGUGCCCAGACCUCGGGAUGACCCUGGGAAGGGCUCUUAUUGGACAAUUGACACCUGCCCUGACAUUUCCAGAAAGAGAAGACACCCUCCGGAUGAUGAUCUAUCCCAAGACUCUCCAGAACAGGAGGCCAGCAAAAGCCCCCGGGGAGGUGUUCCGGGGAGUGGAGAAGCCUCACUGCCUCAUGAAGGGAAUCCUCAGAUGUCACUUCAGAGCCCCUCAGCUCUGGCCAGCUACAGCCAGGGCUCAGGGUCUGUGGAUGGUGGAGCAGUGGCAACAGGGGCUCCAGGCCGAGAAAGCACAGAGGGUCCCCCUCCCCUCUACAACACCAACCAUGACUUCAAAUUCUCCUACUCAGAGAUCAACUUUCAGGAUCUAAGCUGGUCCUUCCGCAACCUCUACAAAUCCAUGCUGGAGAAGUCUUCCUCCUCACAGCAUGGCUUUUCCUCUCUCCUGGGAGACAUGUCAUCUUCUAACAACUACUACAUGUACCAGCAGCCACCGCCACAGCCUCAGCAGCAGCAGCAACAGCAACAGCAGCAGCCGCCACAGCCUCCACCACCGCCCCAACAAUCACAGCCACAGCAGCAGCAGGCACCUGCCCAGGGCCCCUCAACUGUAGGGGGUGCCCCUCCACUGCACACCCCAAGCCCUGAUGGUUGUACCACAGCAGGGGGAAAGCAAGCUGCAGCCGAAGGCUAUGGCCCCCCAACUGUGAUGGCCAUGCAUCCGCCCCCACUGCAGCAUGGAGGCUACCACCCCCAUCAGCACCAUCCUCACUCCCAUUCUGCCCAGCAGCCACCACCACCACAGCCUCAGGCACAGAGCCAGGCACCCAUCAACAGCACUGGCUUUGCCUUUCCUUCAGACUGGUGCUCUAAUAUUGACUCCUUAAAGGAAAGCUUCAAGAUGGUGAACCGGCUCAACUGGUCCAGCAUUGAGCAGUCCCAGUUCUCAGAACUGAUGGAGAGUCUACGGCAGGCAGAGCAGAAGAACUGGACCCUCGACCAGCAUCACAUCGCCAACCUGUGUGAUUCCCUCAACCAUUUCCUCACUCAGACUGGUCACAUGCCCCCCCAAGGGGCCUCCCACCGGCCACCCGCCCCUGCCCGUAUCACUGAUUCUUGUGCCCUUACCAGUGGCAAACCGGAGCCGUCCAUGAACCAAGUGAACUCUUAUGGGCACCCACAAGCCCCCCACCUCUACCCUGGCCCAGCACCAAUGUAUCCAAUCACCACCCAGGACUCAGCAGGAUACAAUCGCCCAGCCCACCACAUGGUUCCUCGGCCACCUGUCCCACCUCCCGGUGCCAACGAGGAGAUUCCUGAUGACUUCGACUGGGACUUGAUUACUUAAUGCAUCAGAGUGGACGUCAGCCCAGGGCCUGGUGGUGAAGUCUGGCCACAGGGAAAGGGCAACCACAGCACGUCCUCCCCACGCCUGUAUAUAGAUAUAUAUCUUCUUUUUGUUCUCUAUCAGAAAAGCCACCAAAAGAUGCUGCCGAAGAUCAUCCCUUUUCCUUCCUCAUUCUUCUUCCUCCAUUUCCCCCCUAGUUCUUUUGUUAUUAUUCAAAUUAUAUUAUUAUUAUUAUUGGUUAUAUACUGCCCAGUCUACAGCCCCGCACCAUAGACUGUGUCCUCCCCUGCUCACUUUAAAUCUUCAGGCUGGAAAAUGAGGCCAUGUUGGCUGUAGAGAAAGGUUUCAAAUUCUAGUUUACCUUUCUCUCUCAGAAAAUGAUUGCUGACCCCACCUUUCAAGCUCUAAAUUGGUUUCUGUUCCCAUCUGUUUAAGGCUGGCCUAGAGCGGUCACAUUAAGUAGAGGAGUCUAAAACACUGCUUGGCAGCCAUGAAUUUGCAAGUUUCACUCAGUGGUGCUAAUUGUGUCCUCCAAAUUCUUCCUUAUACCUUCAACCUUAUUUCUGACAUCCUCAUUCCCCAUGAGGGGCAGACAUAAAGGCCCGAGAGUGUAGAGUGCUGUGGAGAAGCAGUGGGGUGGAAAUCAGCGUGAAUCAAAGCAUCCUCUUCCUAGCCGAUUCUCUAAGGACGUUGGCUUGUAUGGCCGCUAUUCUGCAUAGGUUCAGUUUCUUGGAGACAGUUUCAGUUUAAAACAUUUUGGCUUUUGAAAAAAUAAUUCAUUCUGAGAAUUAACAGCAUCUAACUGCAUUGAUAACUCAUCUUCCAUCGCCUUUCUUCCUUCAGCAAAUAUGGCUUUGUCCUCCUCCAGCUGUUUGUCCAAAUUGUCUACCUACCUUAUUUCCUCCCUCCAUUUCCUGAGAGUCUCAAAAAAAGGAAAAGGAAGCCAUUCUCACCGUGAGUUUCUCUGUGUCCUAGACAUGCCAUGGAAACCUCUUUCCCACAGCUCAUAGCAGAAUCAUACCUGUAGUACUGAUGGUAGCAGUGGGGAAAGAGGGGGAAAUUGGGGUGGACAUGGAGAGAUAAUAUUUCAUCUAUUUAACUACAUAGGCUGAUACUUCUCUUGAAAUUCGUGUCGGUGGGAUUGAAGCUUUUGCAAUUGGGCUUUUGACAGGCAAAGAAAAUUGGAAGAGGGAAACAAAUAAUAUAGAGGCCAAGGGGAGCUCCUAGGUACAGGGAUAAGUAGUCUCCGUUAACAAGGAGUGGCCAUGCUAUAUUGCUGCAAGAGUUCUUGUUUGUAUUUAAUGUUAAUUGUUGAAUUUGACUCAAGAGAAGGAAGACCAAGCUACUUCCAUUUUAUUUCUCCCAAUUUUCUGAAAGCUCUAGGACAGAAUGUAUAGUUUAAAGACCGUUCUCUUUGUGAUUUCUGAUUUUUGUUCAUAUUCUUUAUUUAUCCAUAAUUUCCAAGAUAUUGGACUUCCUGUUCUCUUGGUCUCCCCCCUCAUCCACCCCUUUCCUUUCUUUGGAAGGGGGUUAUGUAUGAGUUUGUUCAAGUCCAGUGAAGCUAAGUAAAGGGGCAAGACAGGGCAGUUAACUAAAGAGCACUUUAUUUCUUUGAAGCCUUUGUAAGAAAAAAAUGGGGAUAUAAGAUAAAUGUGCCCUCCAACACACAUGUACUGGAGAGCACUCAGUGGGGUUGAAGUAUCAUGCAAUAUUUCCCAUUGGGGAAAGGAGCGUUUCUGUAAAGGGUGGCACAUGCCUUUGCCCAGUGUCCCCGUUAGACAUCCCAUCCUUAUUCCUUCUGUUCAGGUGGACCCUACACACAACUUCCCUCUGGUUUUCCCCAACAUCUUACCUUUGCAGAUUAACACUCCUUUUUACUAAACACUCUUCCUACUCGGAUCCAUGUGGGGUUAGGAAAGAUAGGUUAAAUCGUACAUGCAAAUGCCCCUUGUUCAUCCAUGUCUGUUGAAAACUAGUCUCAACAAAGAACCCUGGUGGGCAGCCAGAGCAACUAAAAUGUGGGGCUUGGACUAGAGAUCAGCUAUUAGGCCUCCUGAGAUUGCAACUCUCCUCCACCAAGCUUAGCAUUGCUGAAUGGCACAGGACAGACCUGAUUCCCUUUGGGGCUCAGUUUCCCAUCCCCUCCAUGAAAUGGAAAGAAUACUAUUUUAUUUUGUUUGGACAUGAAGUAUAGUCAUUGUUGUCGUCUUGGGUGAUGUGUGCAAAAUUGUAGGAGUCACUGCCUAUAAAGGGGGAGAAGGGAGAAGGCAGAGGAGAGGAGCAAAAGAAAUUACUUGCUAUUGAUCCACCUAUCCUACGCUUCUCUCCUCAACCCCUGUGUUUCUGGUUUGAUGAGUCCUUCCUACUACCCAUGAUGCUUUGCAUUGGUGCAGGCUGGGAAGGGGUGUAUGGGCUCACAACUUGUUGGGUUUUUUUUGCAUGCUUUCUUAAUAAAAAGAAAAAUGAAUGUUUUCAGUUUUUA